AUGUCUCUUUCCAUACUCGCUGUUUCGAAAUUGCUUGUGCCUGCCGCUGUUGUGGGGUUAGGUAUCAUUAUAUACCUUCAAGAUCACCCAUUGUCGGCCGCAAGGACGGCCACAAUAACAUCAUACCAACACUUAUCACCCUUAUUUACCAGCAGUUCGCAAUCAUUUUCUUCGAUAAUAAAUCCAAGAAACCAUAUCAGUGUUACAGCUUCAUACAAAAUUCGAUUAUCUAAAGCCGACAUUCGAAAUAGGAUUGAUGAAGAAAUUUUAGCAACAUUUACCCGCGGAUUCUUCACAGGUUGGAUUUUUACCCCCGAACGGUAUCUCAUAGCAUCAUUGCGAUUCCUUGGUAUGCAGUUUAUACCUUGUGGAUAUUCAAAAAUCUCUUCAGGACCAAUAUUGGAAUUAGAGUCAUUAUCUGACAAAACACUACCCCCAAAAGGUUCUCUUCUGUUUGGCGGUAAUUUUAUGGUUCUGUUCACCAAGACCGGGGAUGAUAGACCCCGAGACUCUCCCAGUUGCGUUGAGAUUGGAUAUGGAGAUGACCGGAAAAAAAAUUCAGGAAUGCACAGGUUUGAACUCAAUCAUGAAAGAGAUGGAGCGAUGAUUUGGUAUUCCAGUGUGUCAUGCAAUCCAACCAUUAACAAGAGACCAUUUCCAGAUUGGGUCUUUACAUUUCAUAGAUGGUAUGCAAGAACUUUGUUUAGGGAUGGAAUUGCAGCAGUAUUGGCGACAGAAUGA